AUGAUAAACGUGGUGGCCCUGUGGCUGGUGGCCCUUUGCUUCCAGGCUGCUGUCCCGCAAACUACAAAUCUGGACCUUCCCCCUGAAGACCUUGAUUCAUCUGGUGAUGAGGAAGAUGCGUUCUCAGGUUCAGGUGCAGGUCCUCUGACUGAUCAGUCUCACACUUGGAAAAUCCCAGGAGAAUCAACUAAUUCCUCAGUAGUGGCAGCACCAGUGGAUUUCAGUGAGCAGCCAUUUCAUGGGAUUGAGAGCAGAACUGAAAAGGAAGCAGUGUCUCCUUCUGCAACCAGUAAUCCAGUGACAGAGAAACCAGUUGUAGCUGUGAAGGACGAAUUAUCCAUCCUGGGCUCACCUGAUGGGAAACCAGCAAGCCAUGUAGUCACAACAACAGUGAGAAGUCCUACUGCUCACUUCCCUUCCGUGGUUCAUGUGACUCCUUCAGAAGCCUCUGCUGUGGUCCAUGAGCUUGAGCCUGAAAUCCCCAGCUCUGAUGUGCCAGACACCAAGGAUGUCCCUGAGCCCCACUCUACUGUCCACAGUGAGGGAGAGGUGGCUGCCACCCCCGCGGCCGCAGCUCCGGAGGAUGUCGCUCCUACACAUGAGGAGGUUUCUGAAGUUGGCUCUGGAGACCCGGGAGACUUCAUCUUGACUAAAGACGAGGAAUUUCUCCCCACCCAGAACUCAGAAGUACUGGCUGACUCUGAGAGGAAUGCCAAAGCAGCAGGAGCCUCGGGAAUUAUGGACAGAAAAGAAGUUCUUGGAGGUGUUAUUGCUGGAGGACUUGUAGGCUUGGUGUUUGCAGUGUUUCUAGUUGCAUUUAUGCUGUACAGAAUGAAGAAAAAAGAUGAAGGCAGCUAUUCACUGGAUGAACCAAAACAGUCUAAUGGAGGAUACCAAAAACCACACAAACAAGAGGAAUUCUAUGCAUAAACACUGAUCUUCAGGACACUUCUUAUUCCAUCUUUCUUGGACUCUU